CGGUCUGGGGCCGGCGUCAGCGGCGGGCGGGUACUGUGCCGCGGGCGGGUGGUGUGCCGGGGGCGGUCUGUGGGGCUGUUGGUACAGCGGAAUGGCGGCCGAACCUGCACCGGGGGCGGCUCUGGCGCUGCUCCUGCUGCUGGCCAGUCUGCCCAGUACAUUCACCCUCGAGGUUCUGCUCAACAGACUGGAGGCGGUCAAUUAUGACUCCAACCAGUGGCCUACCUACAGUCAGUCACCAGAUGCACCCACGCGCGUCAACAUCAGCAUUUUCGUCAACAGUUUUGGCGCACCUCGAGCGGCGACCAUGGACUACGAGCUGGACAUUUACCUGCGGCAGCAGUGGCUGGACGAGCGUCUCAGCGUGCCGGGAGACCCCAACCAGAUGCUCAUCGUCAGCAGAAAGAACGUCAUCGAUCAGCUGUGGACACCCGACCUGUACUUCCUCAACCUCAAGGACGCCAAAUAUCACGACGUGACGAUGCCAAACGUGCUGAUGAGAGUUUACCAGGACGGGCAGGUCUUCUACAGCAUACGGCUGAAGCUGUCACUAUCCUGUCAGAUGGAUCUGCAGCGCUACCCUCUGGACUCUCAGCGCUGUGACAUUAAGCUGGCCACGUACGCACACCCGACGUCGGCGCUCCUGUUCGCCUGGUCACAGGGCAACAACGGCUGUCAGGGCAUCUGCUACGACGAGCUGGAGAUCCCUCAGUUCACCCUGACGGGCGUCAGAGACAUGAAGAACAUCACGCUCAAGUACCACACCGGCGACUUUAGCGCCCUGUCGGCGUCCUUUGUGCUGGACCGCCAGAACGGCUACCACAUCCUGCAGACGUACAUCCCCACCAUGCUGAUGGUGUGCAUGUCGUGGGUCUCCUUCUGGCUGGAGCAGACGGCCACUCCGGCCCGUGUAACCCUGGGCGUGACCACGCUGCUGACUCUGACCUCACUGGCGGCCGGCGUGCGCAGCGAACUGCCGCCCGUCUCCUACCUCAAGGCUAUUGACAUCUGGAUCGGCACGUGCAUGAUAUUCGUGUUCGGCGCGCUGCUCGAGUUUGUGCUCGUGCACUACCUGGCCAAGAAGCGCAAGGUCGAGGGCGACCGGCGCAAGAGCGUCAAGGAAAUGUUCUUCGCCAAGGAGGAGGCCGAAGCGCUGGGCGGCGGCGCUCCGCACGGUCCCACCGGCCCCGCCAAGAAGGUGACGCACAUCCUGCAGGCCAAGGCGGUGGACCGCGUCUGCCGCGUCGUCAUCCCGCUCAUCUUCUUCACGUUCAACUGCAUCUACUGGAGCCUGUACGCCAGGGGCGACUAGAAUAGCUGACCGCCACCCGCUCAACUGCCGAGGCCACGGAUCGUGUCUGACGCGUAUUGGGGUGUUGGAUAUUACUAUUUACUGGUGCCAUGGAUCAGAAAUACAACUCCAUCCAUGACUCAGCUGUAAUGUAGCAAGAGGUACCUACUCGUUUUUACCUCAGAGUUUAUUGUAAUUUUAUGAGUGUAUGUGCGGCAUGCGCUCGUUCAUUGGGGAAAAAAAAAAUUAUAAUAGGAAAAGUGUCCCUGGACUAUGAUAUAUGUCAUAUAUUCUUUGACAGUGCUCAAACCUUGUAAAACAAGUGCGGUACUUGUUUUACACCGAUAAGCCGCUUACGAUAUGUGCGCACAAUAAACAUCAUAUACAUAUAUACGUAGGUAUACGCAAGGCUUAGGAAACGUUGCAAGGUCUCUUCUCGUCAUUUACAUCUAUUAGAAAUCGAGCAUCGGCAGAAAUGUGCCACUGGCUUCUUAAAUUGUAUCUGUCAAUUAGUAGAUAAUUGUUAGUGUUAUUGAUCACUUUUUUGGGGGGUUUGUCUAGUGGCGCGGACAUGGAACGCAAUUUGUCUACGAAGGUUGGAAGAGCGAGAGAGAGAGAGAGAGAGAGAGAGAGAGAGAGAGAGAGAGAGAGAGAGAGAGAGAGAGAGAGAGAGAGGGAGAAAGAGAGAGAUACAUAUUUGGAGUGGAUCCGCUUGCUUUCAUCACCGUAGGUAAUAAAAUUCCCAGAUGUGUGAUGAUGACGAUGUUGCAGAUGGCUGCAUUGGACCCAUAUAGGACCCCUACGAGUAGGGAGCCAGACCGUCUGCUCCGGAAAGCAACUGGUGCCUUCUGCGUGUUGGAACCCGAGGGGGCGGGCGGAUCAUUGUCGUAUGAUCGGAAGGAAUGCUACAACAAUAAAAGGUACAUUUCAUGACCCACUUUCUUGUCUUGCUCAUGAAUUUUAGAAAUCGCCGCUCACUCAGCCGCAGCUGUCUAUAAAUGUUGCAGUGACUGAUGUCUGACUGUAUGACAUUAUUUUGGCCUUGGGCUCGCAAUGACACCUUAAGUCAAUAAAACAGCAUGUGCAUUUUACUUUUU